AUGCACCUCUUGCAAAGGGCAGUAGACAAGGAUGUCAAUCUCCAGACUCAUACGCCUGUUCUGUCUCUCUCUCCUGCCGAGUCUGGCUCGGGGUAUACACUACAAACACCCCGGGGCACCCUGACAGCUAAGAAACUCAUCCUGGCAACGAACAGCUACACAGCAUCUCUCAUCCCACGGUACAGAGAUAGCAUCGUUCCUGUUCGCGGGACAUGCGGCCGGAUUGUCAUCCCCCCUUCUGCAUCCUCUCGAUCUGCAUCUGACUAUAUCCUCCCGCCGAAGCUGACAACCUCCUACAUGAUCCGGCACAACACCGUAAACUACGACUACCUGUCCCUCGAAGCGACGGAUGAUAGCGUUGUCCUUGAUGCUGCAAAAAGGUAUUUUGACGGGUAUAUGCAGAAACAUUUUGUCGGUUGGGAGAGUUCUAGGGCAGUGACGGAAAUUGUUUGGACAGGCAGUAUGAUCCCCACCCCUUCAGGCUUGGAGUUUCAGGAGGCGAAGAAGCUAAUGGGAUAUUCAUCUGAUAAUCUCCCACACCUCGGCCGUGUUCCCGGGGAGCAAAAUCAGUGGAUUCUUGCAGGCUUGACGGGCCAUGGAAUGCCUCAGGUUUUCCUGGCUGCAGAGGGGGUUGCGAGGAUGGUGGUGCAGGGUGCUCAGUAUACGGAGACUGGACUGCCAAGUUUGUUUGAGACGAGCGAACAGCGGUUGGAGAGGGAGAGGCAAAAGGAACGGGCCAUGAACGAGACGAAUGGGCUCGUCUCGAAGCUAUAA